GCGAAGAUUUGUUACGGGAAUCUCCAUAAGUGCCCUGCGUGUAGAAGGCUAGAAACCGUUAUCCUAUACACUAUGUAGGACGCGUCUGAAGGGAGCAGAGUGCCGUUUGGGUUCAACCAAUGAAGUGAGAGUUGCAAUGGCUCGAGAGAACGUUUAUUAAUUCAUGCACAUUUCCCAUGAGUUUAACUGCACGUUUAACGCGACGUUAUUAAAACUAUUUGCGUUCAGUAUGUGUUACUGAAAGAGCUUACCACUUACCCCGAUUCCACCCUGUGUGUUUUGGAGCCAUGGGUGUGCUGCGUGUGCUUUCACUCACCAUGGCAAGGAUCGGCACCUUCAGACCUCAUCAGCUUGCUCUGCUCCUUGCUGCAGCCCUGGCUGUGAUGGCUUUCUACUAUUUAGGUUCAGAGAAGCAGAACUUCUCCACCACUACCAAGAGAAUCAAGGAGACGCAGGCGAGUCACAACUCCAACCGCAACGAUGCUGACCUGUCUGUGGACGUCAGAUCUGAUCAUCACGAGAACCGAGCAGGAGGACGACAGAGCUACCAUGCUCUCAUGAUGUUCACUAAGAUUAACACGAGCCGGACGAUGCAGAGCAAGUUUGAGGUGGCCAUGCGCUCCAUGGCGAGACAUGGCCGUUUCAGAGAGGAUGAAAUUCUGGUGCUUCAUUAUGUCUCUGAUGGAGGCAGUAAGGAGCUGGCCAUGAGGAUGCUUCCUGUGCUGCUGCGUGAGGCGACCUUUCAGUAUGAGGUGGUGUUUCAUGAUGUUAAUGGUCUGACAGAGAAACUGUUCCCGAUUGUGGAGGCCAUGCAGAAGCACUUCAGUGCAGGCUCUGGGGCUUAUUACAGCGAUGCCAUCUUCUUUCUUUCAGUGGCCAUGCAUCGCAUCAUGCCUACAGAGAUGAAGCGUAUUGUGCAGUUGGACCUGGAUCUCAAGUACAGGACAAACAUUCGAGACCUGUUCCAACAGUUCAAGCACUUUCCUCCUGAAGCAGUGAUUGGAAUCGUCAGAGAGAUGCAGCCAGUGUACAGACACACCUUCUGGCAGUACCGCAAGGAAAACCCCAAGUCCCGUGUGGGUGACCCCCCUCCUGAUGGUCUUCCCGGCUUCAACAGCGGUGUGAUGCUGCUGAAUCUGGACACCAUGCGCCGCUCUGCACUCUACAACCGCCUGCUUGAGCCCGAACAUGUUGCCCACCUCACCGAGAAAUAUCACUUCCGGGGUCACCUGGGUGAUCAGGACUUCUUCUCCAUGAUAGGCAUGGAGCAUCCGGAGCUCUUCCACCACCUUGACUGUGGUUGGAACCGACAGCUGUGCACCUGGUGGAGGGACCACGGCUACGGCGAUGUUUUUCAGCUGUACUUCCGCUGUGAUGGACCCGUGCACAUUUACCACGGAAACUGCAACACUCAAAUACCCGAUGACUGAGUGAUACAGGAAGUGUUUACGCAGUCUGAAACACCUAAAGGAAUUCUGCUCCGUUGUGUGUGAGGUUCUGUGGUGCUUGACCAGUGAGCUGAGUAUACACACUCAAGCUUUAAAUAGAUAAUGUUGUAAUCCACUGAGAUAAAUGAAAAAAGACUCAGAGAAGAAGAGACUAGGUUAUGUCUUGAUUCACACAGACCCCUCAGUUAGCCAAAUGAAUAAUUUGACAAAUGCAGUCGGUACCAUUUUAUGUACAUUGCUUGUAAUUCAUAUGGUAUUUAACUUGGGAAUGAAUUCCAGCCAAAUAGCUAUGUCCUCUGCAUUUCAGCGUUAAUGAUGUAACUUUGCUUUAAAUCUAAACUUGCUGCAAUGCCCAAGCUUUAGUCGUUUUUAAAUGCCAAGCUGAGGAGCAAUCAGUUCUCUUUGUGUGCUUCCCCAGGAAGCAGGUGGAGGUCCGGACAGUGGCAAAGCAUGCUGAUUUCUCCAUAAAGAGCCAGAAAGAGUAGAGAGUGCUGGCACUCACAAUAUCUCUUCAUGUUACUGGCACUGAGGGCCAGGUUUUGCAUUGCAGUCCUGACCGCAAUAUAAUAGCACCCCAGCAGCUGCUUUAGAGUGAAGAGCAGAGCAACAACCCCACCACCUUGAUGCUGUUUCCCGGAGGGAUUCAUGAGUGAAGUGCUAAAGCAUGUUGACCUGAUUUUCAUACUGAAAUCCUGAUAGUCAGCACCGAACUUUCUCUUACGCUGUGCAAGCUCAUGCCUCAUGCCUAAAAAUGAAGAGAGAAUUAGUUGCAAAACAGGAAAUAAACAGAGCCAGAAUGUUUUUAACACAUGGCAGAUCGGGGUAUGGCUAGUUGCCCAGAAAAAGCCAUUUUUACUGAGCGUGCCCUAUGAUUGGGAACUGGGAUUCCAGAUAUUCCAGCAGGAUUUACUUUACCGCUCAGAACGAGGAACAGACAUCGUGUUAGAUGUGUUUGGCUAGUGCUUACUAAGCAUAGAAGGUCUUGGCAGAUUUCCCAUGGUGCCUUAUGGUAUCUAAUAAUCCACACUGUGUCAUUUACCUGUUUAAUGAUCCACCAGAUUCAUGAUGAUACGGUGGUAUCUUCAGUAUGAUACAGGUUCGAUACAACAUAAAUAAUAAGUCUUACCUUUCAAUACUAUGUUUCAUUACAAUAUUCAGUAUGAAUGCAAUAAUUGACAAUCAUGAUACUGUGUUUAUUCGAUGCAUUCAGAUUCCUAGCAGCAUAUAAUGGGAGAAAGGGGUUGCCAGGUGUCAGCGAAAUGUGAACUCCAAUUACAUAAAAAAAAUAAAAAAAAGAAACUUGAAGAAGAAGACCUAAAAGUAUGCCAAAAGUUUGGGAAACUGACUUAAUUGCCACCUUGUUUUAAAACUUUCCCAAUUUAUUUAAAAUAAAGAAAUAAAUGUGAAACUGUCAACCCUGUUGUGACUCUCAACAGGACAUGUCUGAAUUCACACAGGUUUCUGUAACUUCUUUUUGCAUCAUGCAUUAUUCUCUGUGAGGCUCAUCUGCAGUUAUGAAACUUCCUGCUGAUUUCUUUAACUGGAUUAAAUCUGCAUGGAAGCGAGAGAGAAAGAGACAAAGAGAGAGAGAAAGUGUGUGUGUGUGUGUGAAAUGUCAGCACAGAUGCAAUGGUUUUAGCACCAGCUAGUGUGCUAAUAGUCUAGAAUUAGUUUAGGAUCAGUAUUAAAAUGUUUAUUAAGUCUCAUCUAUAAGGGUUUUUAUAUGACAGCUUGUCUAGUUUAUUAAGCAGUUUGGUAAAUGUGUUUUCAUAUCAAAUCCAGAGCCUCAUAUCAAACGAUUCAAUGCUAUACAAUAUGAUACAGAACUCUGAUCAUCUAAAAAAUAAUAAAUAUCCAUUCCUGCUUUGGUUAUAGCACUCAACAAACAAUUUUUUUUUCAUGACUAUAACUUCAAGUCGAGGGAAAAGAGGGCCACAACAUAAAAAAUUAGCAUUCCAGUAUCAAAAAGUAUUUUCUAAAAAACACACUUUAUUGUGCGUUUUAUUCUAUGUUCAUCAUGACCAUUACCACCAUGUUAAUUUUUUUUGUUCUUGUUGUUUACUGUUACUGUGUUUUGACUGUAAAGCGGCAAUUAAAAUCCUCA